AUGGGAGGGAAACGAAAACUAUGGAAAAAGGAGAAGGCGAAGGAGGAUGAUGAGACGCCGAAGAGGAAGAGAAGUGCCGGCGACCCCUACAAAGCGGACGAGGCGGAGGCCAACGGCUACAGCAGCGGCGGCGGCGCCGCGACGGCGGCGGGGGUCACUGGGACCACUCCGCAGGGCGCGGCGGCGGCGACCAAGCCCAAGCGGAAGCGCACGGGCUCCGACUCCAAGUCGGGGAAACCGCGGCGCGCGCGCACCGCCUUCACCUACGAGCAGCUUGUGGCGCUGGAGAACAAGUUCAAGGCGACGCGCUACCUGUCCGUGUGCGAGCGCCUCAACCUGGCGCUGUCCCUCAGCCUCACCGAGACGCAAGUGAAGAUCUGGUUCCAGAACCGGCGAACCAAGUGGAAGAAGCAAAACCCGGGCGCCGACACUAGCGCGCCGACCGGCGGCGGCGGGGGCCCGGGACCCGGCGCCGGGCCGGGCGCGGGGCUUCCUGGCGGCCUCAGCCCUCUCAGCCCCUCGCCGCCUAUGGGCGCACCGCUCGCCAUGCACGGCCCCGCCGGGUACCCCGCGCACGGCCCGGGCGGACUGGUGUGCGCCGCGCAGCUGCCCUUCCUUUCGAGCCCGGCGGUGCUCUCGCCCUUCGUGCUGGGCUCGCAGACCUACGGCGCGCCCGCCUUCUACGCGCCGCACCUCUGAGCCGAGGCGCCAGGACGGACGCGGGGACUUGGGGGGCUCGGCUCAGGCGGCCUCACUCCCCAGGCCUACGGCCGCAGGACCCUGGGCUCUUUUCUAAGGUUUCAGUCGUUUGGCUCUGUACAUAGCCAGUUCCUACAGAAGAGUUUUAAAUUUAUAAGUGACCGUGGGUGGGGCCAGGCAGGCGGCUCUCGCCGCAGAAGCACUUUCAUGAACUUUGCUCAAUAAACCCAGGAGGCCGUGCACACGA